UAAAUGAACAAAAAAAACAUUACAAAAAGAAGAGUCUAGCCAAUCUCAUAAGACUGUCAAUGAUACUUAAAACUUCAUAACUUUUUCCGAUUAUUACAUAUUUGGAUGAGGUGUUUAUCAUCAUUAUCAUCAUCAUCUAGAAUUGCCAUGUGCAAAGAACAUGCACACUUACUAGUCAAGUAAAAGAGCCUAAUAAUAUCUAACAUGAGGAAUUGGAAAAUGACAGACACACAUUCUGGGAAGGGAACCGAGUUGCUGAUUGGCUUGCUAAUUGUGCUCUUUCAAAUCUUAGUUCGAUUUCUUAUUUGCCUUUCUUUCUUAAGUGUCUUUCUUGUGCUGACAUUUGGGGAUGGGCUACCCCCCAUUGUGUGUAGCUCCUGUUUUGGAUCUCUGGUUUAUAUCAAAAAAAAAAAAGAGCCCAAUGCUACACUCUGUUUAAUGAUGGAACUUGCGAAAAAAAACUUUACAAAUAAUUUUCCAAAAUAAACAUUUUACUUAUAUACAAUAUUUAUUUUGCAAACCAAUUUUAAAACAACUUAAAAUCUACUACCAGCAGUUUUGCAGUUUUCAUCAGAGUAUGUUAGGAAUAUUCUCUUUGUCUCAUAAAGCAUUAGAUCCUAUCAUAAUGAUUACUAGCUUAGAUAUCAUUCUGAUAAUGCUUUAACACACCCACUUAUUGAUCUCACAAGGACCUCAAUGGUUAGUAUAUUAAAAGUAGACCAAUGUUAUAAUUGACAUAUUACCAUUAUCAUAAUACCUGAAUUAUAAAAAAAAAAUAGUACCAUUAUCAUGUAUGUAACUACAAACAACAAUCCAAUUACUCUACUAAUAUAAAAACAAGGUACAAGAGCAAAGUGGAAAUGGUUUGGCUUAAUGUUUCAUAAACACUCAUACCAUGGGGAUUUAACUCUAGCAUUUGAAAGAAAUGCUCCACCAUUAAUAAGUAGUAGUUUUGUUAGUUGAACCAUAAUUUGCUCCUAACAGCACAUCCCCCAGUCUGUUGGGAACAUCACCCAUGAAUAACAACGAGCCCGAAUCUGCUCCUAAACAGGCGCUCCUCACACCAACCUCACAAGACGUCUCAGCCGCACUUCAAGCUACUGGGCUACCAAACAACAAUACCCUUCCCUACUGCAUCUUCCCCGUACAGAGCGAGCGCGGGAGCGAGAAUUUGCGAAUGGAGCGAGCAAGCUAGUAAGAGAAAGAAGAGAUGGGUGCAUUGGGGAAAGUAAUGAAGAAGGCGUUGGGAGAUAUGGGGUUCAACAGGGGUGGUGGAAUCAUCAACUGGUUCCCCGGUCACAUGGCUACAGCUACUCGAGCCAUUCGCGACCGUCUCAAGCUCGCAGACCUUGUUAUUGAAGUCCGUGAUGCUCGUAUUCCUUUAUCUUCCGUGAAUGAAGAUCUCCAACCUGUUCUUUCCAGCAAAAGGCGUGUAAUUGCUCUCAAUAAGAAGGAUUUGGCCAAUCCCAAUAUAAUGCAAAAAUGGAUUCAAUGUUUUGAUUCACACAAGCAAGAUUGUCUUUCAAUAAAUGCACACAGCAAGACUUCUGUCAAGAAGCUACUUGAACUUGUGGAGCUGAAAUUGAAGGAAGUGAUUUCAAGGGAACCCACUCUCCUUGUUAUGGUGGUCGGUGUGCCUAAUGUAGGGAAAUCAGCUCUUAUUAAUUCCAUCCACCAAAUUACCUCUGCUCGUUUUCCUGUGCAGGAGAAGAUCAAGCGAGCUACCGUGGGACCUUUGCCGGGUGUAACUCAAGAUAUUGCAGGAUAUAAGAUUGCACACCAACCGAGCAUAUAUGUUCUGGAUACACCUGGUAUAUUAGUCCCAAGUAUCCCAGAUAUAGAGACAGGCUUAAAGCUAGCUUUGACAGGGGCUGUGAAAGAUUCAGUUGUAGGUGAGGAACGUCUUGCUCAGUACUUGCUAGCUGUUCUAAACAGUCGAGGUACACCUCUACAUUGGAGGAACUUGAAUAAUAGAAGACUGGAAGGGCUUCGUGCUGAAUUCAAGGAAACAAAGGAGAAAACUCUUAGAGACCUGCUCCCGAAAAGGAGGAAACUACCAACUGAAUCAGAUAUUUGGCAUAUUGAGGAUCUAGUGACGCAAGUCCAGUGUGCACUCUAUAUCACAUUCGCAGAAUUUGAAGGUAAUUUGGAGGAUGAAAGUGACUUGGAGAGUCUCAUAGAGGAACAGUUUGUGGCACUGCAGAAGGCAAUGAAGAUACCCCAUAAAGCCUCUGACGAGGCUCGUAUUAUGGUGGCCAAGAAAUUUCUUACUUUGUUCAGGAUGGGCAAACUUGGCCCUUUCACACUAGAUGAUGUUCCGGAUUCUCACAAUCCUGUAGCUUAAAUGUGCCUUUYUAAUUUUAAUUUAUUGCUUACAUGUAAAUAUAACUUUUGAUUUUGAUUUUCUUUUGCGUUGAGUCUUCUUGUUGUGGUGGYCAAGAAAUUUCUUACUUUGUUCAGGAUGGGCAAACUUGGCCCUUUCACACUAGAUGAUGUUCCGGAUUCUCACAA